GCUCUCGCGGUGUUGUCAGGAGCUCGAGGCUAAGGGCUCCCGGAGCCUGGAGACAGAUCCCACCGCGGGGCUUGCGGGCGCCUCAGCGAUGUUUUACUCAGGGCUCCUCACGGAGGGCGGCCGCAAGGAGACCGACGUGCGGGAGGCGGCGUCGCUGCGGCAGCAGCGCCGGAUGAAGCAGGCGGUGCAGUUCAUCCACAAGGACUCCGCCGACCUGCUGCCCCUGGACGGCCUCAAAAAGCUGGGCUCGUCCAAGGACACGCAACCUCAUAACAUUCUGCAGAGGCGCCUCAUGGAAACCAACCUGUCGAAGCUCCGAAACAGUCGUGUCCCUUGGGGAUCCAAGAGCAACAAACUCAAUCAGGCUAAGUCUGAAGGGCUAAAGAAGUCUGAAGAUGAUGACAUGAUUUUGGUGCCUUGCCAGUGUGCUGGAAAGGAUGUAAAAGCCUUGGUUGACACAGGCUGUCAAUAUAAUCUCAUCUCCUCAGCCUGUGUGGACAGAUUGGGACUGAAGGACCAUGUCAGAUCUCAUAAGCAUGAAGGAGAAAAGCUUUCUCUGCCCCGGCAUCUCAAAGUAGUAGGCCAUAUUGAGCACCUAGUGAUUACGGUGGGCUCUCUCCGCCUGGAUUGCCCAGCAGCUGUGGUUGAUGAUAGUGAGAAAAACUUGUCUCUUGGUCUCCAGACUCUUCGAUCUCUGAAGUGUAUCAUAAACUUGGAUAAGCACCGGUUGAUCAUGGGGAAGACAGAUAAAGAAGAAGUCCCUUUUGUGGAGACAGUUUCUUUGAAUGAAGACAACACUUCAGAAGCAUAACUAUAGCCUGCAGCAAGCCUGCAUGUGUGCACACACACCAGGCUGACAGACUGAGAACUGGGUUUGAAUCAAAUGCAGUAACAACUUGCUGUGGACCAAGUCCUUCCCUCCAGUGCAUCUGUAGGGGCUCCUUCCCACUCAGACCUUUCUAGACUAUAGUCUGUGCUUAGAGAUCUUGUCUGGUUGUAGCCAUUGUUUUUUACUCCUUUGAACAUUUAAUUUAUAGAUCCUUUUUGACACUGCCAGAUCUUAUUUGAGGCCUAUUUCUCUGCUUCUUCCAAGAAUUUGCUUUAAUUAAUCUAGCGUAGGAGCUGCCAGGUUCUAUUUCUCUAGAAAUAACACUUGCUUCUUUUUUGAUAGUUAAAUGUACAAUAAAUAGGAAUCGUUUACUUCCUUUCAACUGUUUUAAAGAGGUAUAGAAAUUUAAGUCUUGAAGUCAGAAUCUCUUCUAAUGAAGUCAUUGAUUUCUCCAGUAUGAAUUGAUUUGAAAAGCCCAGAGAGGUCAUCUAGUCCAAAUCUUCCUUUAAACAUGCAGAUAGGCAAGUGAAAUGUGUAAACUCACAUAAGUCAGUGGUAGAAAGGACUCAGAAUUCAAACCUGACUUUGAAGCCAAGGCUCUUGUGCUACUUCAUGUUUCUAACCCUUAAGAGGUAAGAGUGCAAAAAAGGAUGGGUAAAGGAUGUGGCUUAGUAGUAGAGUACUUCUCUAACAUGCACAAGGCCCUGGAUUCAACCGCCAGCACUAGAGAAAGAGGUGGCUUGGCAGUUAAGAGCACUUGCUGUGUUUGGAUCUCAGCACCCAUGUAAAAGCUGGUCAUGGUCCCAUGUACACCUGUAACUCCAGAUUGAGGGAGUGGAGACAGGAGGAUCACUGGGACUUUCUAGCUGCCAGCAUAAGCAAAAAUAAGAGAGCUCCAGGUUCAGUGAGAGACCCUGCUUCAGAGGAACAAAAUGGAGAGUGAUGGUGAUAAAGAACAGCCGACAUGCUUCUCUGGCACAGGUACAUGACUACACAUAUAGUCACACAUACGUACAUACACAUUAUCAUAGACAAACACCACACCAAAAAAAUAAGAGAAACAAAAAACAGGGUACAAUGAUGAGACAGUCUUUUACUGUGAACUUAAACAGGAGGAAAAAGAAACCACAAAUAGGGAUAUUAAUCUAUGAGAUACCAUUGAUUAUCUGCCAUUAUGAGACACUGGUUACCCUGUGGUCCAGUCAGAAUUUCUGUCUAUCUUGUACAUGUCUAACAGAUUCAAAUAGGGAAAGGAAAUGGGGGGGAGGGACCCCCACAAACUAGGACCAGAAUAAAGGGAGGAAACUAAGUACACUCAGUCAGUGGGAGGCCUACCUAGGAAAACCUUCCUGGGAUGGAAAUAGGGAGUGAAACCUCCAGGCAGGGAGUUGGAGUUGGGCUACCCCUCAGUUCAAGGAAAGAAGUAAGAACAACUUUAAUAAGUGCCCAGUAUUUCCUGACCCUUCUAAGUGGAUUGAGGAAAUUACAGGGGUUUUUGGGGGUGUGUGUGUGUGUGUGUUUUUCUAAGCUCUCCACCUCCAGAGUGUCAGCUUAGACAUAGAGUUAUCUAUAAUGGAAUCUCUCCUUCAGUUUAGUCAUAGAAGUAUUUGGGUAAGUCAGAAAAAGAACCAACUGUGAGUAUCCCUCAAGAUAUUCCUAAGUCUACCCUUGGUUCAUAGCAGUAGUUCUUGAGGUUCAAACUCUGAACCUUAUCAGGUACCACCAACUCGCUUAUCCAGUUUUCAAUCACUGUCCCCAGCAAAUGACUCUUCAGAAGCCUGAAUGUUUUUAACCUUAGAAAAACUCCCUAAAGAUCAGGAAUUUUGGUGACCCCCAUUGGUACAACUAGGCAGUCAGUUGUCAGCGGGGCAUUCCCUAGGCUCAUUUCCUGUCAGCUCAGCCAUGGUAGGGUAGCUACAUCUGAAGAUCAGCAAGGGUGAUCCCAGAACCGUCAGCUUUCAGCCUGCCCAUCAGCUAGUCCCGUUGCCUUACCUGGGAGGUACAUGCUCCUUUCCACUCAGGCCUCCCUGCACUCCUCCCCUACUUACCACAGCAUCACAUUGGCCUGCUUCUUAUCUUAGGACAGAAUUGAAAGAUGUCACCCCUUAUUUUCCUACUUGAAAGUUCUACCCCAAGCCUUGAUUCUUGGCUACAAGGGAGGCAUGUUACAGGUUCCUUCUAUUUUACCCUUAUUUGGAUUUUCUGUGGACCCAGUGAGACCAGGAAGUCUCAAGUUCCAGAAAGAUGGAACUGAUUCUGGCCUUUUGAGUUUAGCACUGUAUAGCAUAGGGAUAAUUAGGUGGCCUUUAGUGUUCCUUACAUCUGAAAAUCAGGGAUUUUCUAAUUUGGGAAUAGAAACAACUAGGGUGAACUGGACUCCACAUGUCAUAAUUCACUCAGCACAUUCAAAUCACUUAAAUUCUUUAACCAAAUAAUUUUAAGCCCAGGCAUGAUAAAGACACCUAAAAAUGCCUAAAGAUAAUUAUAGAAAGUCAAGGUUCAUUGAGUUUUUCAAUGCUGCCAAGUUGAUUACUCUUACAACUUCUGUAUCUCUAAUGUUCACAGGGAACAUUGGCUCUACUUUUGGGGGUUAGAAAAGUCAGAAGGUAAAUUUGUUCUUCCUAGAAUCAGAAAAUUCUAGCAUAUCUAAGGCUGUGGGAGAAAGUAUCUACCACAUCAUAAUUCUGAGGUGAGUCAGGAGGGAGUAGUACCAGACCUGCCUUAUUCCUUAUUAGAUGUCCAUCUCACAUACAGGAAGUUUGAAAAAUAUUUUUAUUCUUUUGAUUUCUGUGCCUAAUUUCAAGAGUGAAUAUGUUCUGACUUCUCUAUUUUCUCGCUUUGCACACCUUACUACUAGAUUUUUCUAAUUCUUAGCUGAGAGCAUUUAUAGACUGGAUUACCUGGUAUUCCAGCUGCUCUUACUCUGUAUAGUAGAAAUACCAUUUCAGGCCAGGGACAUGGAGGAGAUGAACGGGAUUCCUCCCUUCUUCUGUGGUCAGGCCUCUCUGCAUUGGCACUUUUAUCUGCUCUGUUUCUGGCUGUAUUGGGUUAAUGUGUGACACUGAUGUAACAAUAAAGUGAAAUUUUCCCCUCUG